AUGAGCGGCUCCUCGGGCACCCCGUACUUGGGCAGCAAGAUCAGUCUUAUCUCCAAGGCGCAGAUCCGCUACGAGGGCAUUCUCUACACCAUCGACACGGACAACUCCACGGUGGCGCUCGCCAAAGUGAGGUCCUUCGGUACUGAAGACCGUCCCACAGAUAGGCCUGCCCCCCCUAGAGAGGAAGUUUAUGAGUACAUCAUCUUCCGGGGAAGUGACAUCAAAGACAUUACUGUGUGCGAACCUCCGAAAGCUCAGCACGCGCUCCCCCAGGACCCUGCUAUUGUUCAAUCUUCCCUGGGCUCGGGCUCGGCCUCCUCCUUCCAGCCACACGUGCCUUACAGCCCCUUCCGAGGGAUGCCGCCCUACAGCCAGCUGGCCGCCAGCUCCCUGCUCAGCCAGCAGUAUGCCGCUUCCUUGGGUUUAGGAGCUGGCUUUCCGGCUGUCUCAGUCAGCAAGAGCCCCAUGGUGGAGCAGGCUGUCCAGACUGGUUCUCUUGAUAACCUGAACACCAAAAAGCUGUUACCUGGCAAGGGCACCGCGGGGAUGCAGCUCAACGGGCGCCCAGCCCUGCCAAGCAGCAAGGCUGCCAGCGAUGUAGCUCAGCCGGCAGCUGGGCAGACUCAAGGGCAGGUGAAUGACGAGAACAGAAGACCUCAGAGGAGGCGAUCAGGGAACAGACGAACAAGGAAUCGCUCCAGAGGGCAAAGCCGUCCAACUAACGUCAAGGAAAACACAAUCAAGUUUGAAGGUGACUUUGAUUUUGAGAGUGCAAAUGCCCAGUUCAACCGAGAGGAGCUGGACAAAGAAUUUAAGAAGAAACUGAAUUUUAAAGACGACAGAGCUGAGAAGGGGGAGGAGAAGGACCUGGCGGUGGUGACGCAGAGUGACGAGGCGCCUGCUGAGGAGGGCCACCUGGGGCCCAACUGCUACUAUGACAAAUCCAAGUCCUUCUUUGACAACAUUUCCUCUGAACUCAAGACCAGUUCCAGGCGGACGACGUGGGCUGAAGAGAGGAAGCUCAACACGGAGACCUUCGGGGUGUCGGGAAGGUUUCUUCGUGGCCGUAGUUUCCGGGGCGGAUUUCGAGGGGGCAGGGGCAACGGUGCAACCCGUCGUAACCCGACUUCCCACAGAGCUGGGACUGGCAGGGUGUAAGGAGGCAGCUGAAGG